AUGACUUCCCACCGCUUCGACCCAAACUUCACAGAAAAUGUGGUCUCUGCCAUGGGCGAGAAUGUCAACCCGCGCUUCCGUCAGCUUAUGGCGUCGCUGAUCCGCCACGUGCACGACUUUGCGCGCGAGAACGAGCUCACUGUUGACGAGUGGAUGGCCGGUGUGCAGCUCAUGAACUGGGCGGGGCAGAUGAGCGAUGCGAAGCGAAAUGAGGGACAGUUGGUUUGCGAUGUUAUUGGGCUUGAGUCGCUGGUCGACGAAAUCACAUUCAAACUUGCCGACGAGGCCACCGACGCUCCCACAGCGACCGCCAUUCUCGGACCCUUCUUCCGCGCCGACACACCCUACCGUUCAAAUGGUGAGACAAUAGUCAAGACAGUGCCAAAGGACGGCAAGGGCGAGAUCGCAUACAUGACCGGGCAGGUCGUCGACUUCGAGACAAAGAAACCGCUCGUCAACGCAGAUGUCGAGGUGUGGCAGGCGUCGACGAAUGGUCUCUAUGAGCAGCAGGAUCCGGAACAAGAGGAGUUCAACCUGCGCGGCAAGUUCAAAACAGACGCGGAGGGGCGAUACUCGUUCUAUUGUCUCCGCCCGACGCCAUACCCUGUUCCGGAUGACGGGCCUGCAGGAAAGCUGCUGAAGCUUAUGGAUCGGCAUCCGUUCAGGCCGGCGCAUAUUCAUAUCAUUGCUACAUGCGAGGGCUACAAACCACUGACCACGCAGAUUUUCGACCGUAGUGAUCCCUAUCUGACCAAUGACUCGGUCUUUGCAGUGAAGGACUCGCUUAUUGUCGACUUUGUCGAGCGCAAGGGUGAUCCCAAGGCUGCGCUCGAACUGACAUACGACGUGCGACUUGUGCCGGAUGGGUUGAAGAGCAACGGCGCCUAA